AUGGCUUCUGAUCUCUUCGUCUUUGAUAACAGCUUUUUCUCUGACCCCUUUUCUCCUUUCUCCGACUCAUCUGUCGAUCCUCAGCAUGAUUUCUUCCAAACCUUUGAAGACAGCCUUAAUAACCGUAAUAAUAACGAUACUAAUAGUAAUAGAAUUCAAGAAAACAACUCUGCCGAUGAAACAACCUAUUCUCUUGACCAAAUUGCAUCUGCUCUUUCCUCAUCCUCACCACCUAGUCAUCAGCUUGAAAAUCUCUCAAUUUGUCAAACGGCCCAAAAUUUCCCAAAUGCAAAUGAUUCAGAUUACUUUCUCCUGGAGGUGAUUAAAACAGAGGAAUAUCAAGUCCCCUUAGAAACCAUUGCUGCCUUUAACAAUCCGUUCGUGCCUCAGAACAAUACUGCUGAUAAUGUGGUUAAGCUGAUGCAGAGGAGUUACAGUAGUAACUCCUUUGAUGGCAAGCCCAACUUUUUUUUCCACCAGAGGUUUGAUAGCCUAAUGGAGUCUCCAAAUAUGCAGUCCCAAGUCAUGAAUCCUCCUGAAAACAACUUAUCUACUGGUCAAAUGAGAAGGGUUUGCAGCACCGGAGAUUUACAGGUGCACAAUACCCCAUCUAAGAAUACUCUGUCUUCGAGCCCACUUUCUACAGACGGGUCAUUCCUGGAGGAAGCAAACUUCAAAGUGGGACGCUACAGUGCAGAAGAGAGGAAAGAAAGGAUUCACAGGUACAGAGCGAAAAGAAACCAGAGAAAUUUCAACAAGACAAUUAAGUAUGCAUGCCGGAAGACACUGGCCGACAAUCGACCGAGGAUACGUGGCAGGUUUGCACGUAAUGAUGAAGCUGUAGAGAUUCCCAAAGCAUCCAUGUUUACAAGUACUAGAUAUGAAGACGAAGAUGAUCUUUGGAUUGAGGGAUUUCAGGAAGAAGAUGAUGAAGGGUCAGCAGUAGGGAGAUCAACAAAAAUAUUUUACAACAACUUGGGAUCAGCAGCAGCCGAACAGUACCAAUAUUACAGCUACUGAUGGAAUGAUGAUGACGGCUUUGGUCUUAUAUGUUGCUGCUAAAGCUUUUAUCAAUUAGUAGGAGGGUUAAGUUGAUUUCACACGACCAGGAAAAGCUUGUAGGAGCAAAAAAAGAAAGUCAGAAGGCGUUUAUUCAAUAAACAAGAAAAGGUUAGGUGUAAGUGUAAUGCUGACUGCUGAAGUUAAUAUGGGGUUUCAAAGAUUAAUUAGGCAGCACUGAGGAGUCUUCACCACUCAGCAAGGCUAUGACAUUUAAGUUAUAUAUUAGUUUUGUAAUUUUC